AUGAGUCAAGGAUUUCAAACUAAAACGGUAGACAUUAACGGUACCCAGCACAAGAUUCUGCUAGAAAAUGAACAGGGUCCCACCGCACUAGUGGCACUUACAAACGUCCUCUUAUUGUCUCCUGGACUACAACAAACGGCAUAUGAAUUAAUUCAAUUGGUGAAUAAUGCAAGCAAUAAUUUUGUCUCCUGGAACGAGUUGCUACAAGUGUUGAGUCGAGUCGGACUACAGAACCAUAAUUAUGUCUCCAAUUUGAAUAACGAACAAUUGGUUCAAUAUUUACCACAAUUGCAAUCAGGAUUAAAUGUGAACCCAGGCUUUAAUGGGUCCUUUGAAGAUGGCAUUGAGAUGUCUUUGUUUAGAUUGUUCAAUGUCGGGAUUGUCCAUGGGUGGAUUAUAGACGGGGAUAAUGACCCUGUUGCAUAUGAUCAUGUGGCAAGAUAUACUUAUGAGAGUGCUCAGAGACUUUUAGUACAAUCAUAUGAUAUUAAGAAAAAUAAUUUACAAGUGGAUAAUAAGGAUCUUAUCCUGGAGGAUGCUAAUUAUAUUAAAUCUUUCCUAGCCAGAUCUGCAACUCAAUUGACUGAGUAUGGGUUGAAACAUUUAAAGGAAAUUUUGGUGGAGAGAGGAUUUGCCGUAUUGUUCAGAAACGAAGUGUAUGUGACACUUUAUAAGAAUAAUGGUCAAUUGUACACAUUGGUGACGGAUUUACAGCAUAGGAAUGAUACUGAUAUUAUUUGGCAAUCAUUGAAAUCUGUUAAUGGUACUCAAGACAGUUAUUAUACAGGGAAUUUCAUUUCGACAAGUUUAGAAAGGACUAAUGGGUAUGGUCCACCACAAGCUGCCGCAUUGCAAAACCCUCAAAUUGAAAGUGUAGUUUCCAAUCCAUUUAGUGAUCAAAAUCAAACUUCCAGACAGAGGACACAACCCGUGGAGACCUUCCAUGAAGAUACAAGAGGGCAACAAUUGGAAACAGAUGAGGAAUUGGCUAGAAGAUUACAAGACGAGGAAGAUAGUCGUGCAGCUGAUAAUAUGCAAGGAAGUUACAACGUUGCCGCAGCUAGAGCAAGAAGACAAACUAAUGAGAAUGCAACGCAGCAGAAGAAGAAGAAAAAGGGAGGUCUGUUUUCAAUGAAACCAGGUAAAAAGAGGUUGCAAAAGAGAAAGGAAAAGGGUAAGAGUGAGGACCCCAAGGAUUGCAUUAUCAUGUGA